CGAACAGGAGUUGAUCUCGGUAUUUGUCCAACAUCAUGAGCCGGGAUGAUUCCAAAAGGUGAGCUCUGAACCUGACCGCACAGUUUCACCUCUACAAGAUCCCUUUUUGUCUACAACCAGUCAUCUACACAAGGUCUGCCGUGGUCUACAUCCCCAGCCUCUGGAUCGAGACUGUCAAAGAUUCAGCAGUGUGUCAAUAAGCUCGAAGAUCGACUUUGUUCCCCAGUAUGACGGACUGAGAACAUGCAAUCACCGUAUAAAUGCAACUUGACGGUGACGAGAAGAUCCUCUAGUACUCUCUGGAGAAACUGGGUUCUAGGCUUUCGAAUUAGACGCUAGAUCUGAUCAGUUCUGUACCCUCAACUCUUGUCCUAUGGCUGUGCGCCCCAGAGAAUUCGGUUUGACAUCUGUCACCUCAAAGGCAACCACCAGUGAUAUCUCUGGACCCCAACCACGCGUUCUAACACAGGUCUUCCCUUGGGGUAGCUGCUGUGUGGUUGUGACUGCACACAGUCCAACCUUCUUGUGAGAAGUGGUCAUUGAUCCCACUAGACAUCCGUCACCGUUAUACUAGCAAUCAAAACUGCGGAGAUAUCCUCUCUGGACUGCUCCUUUCAGCCAUCCGCGAGUACAUGUUUCAAAUUCUAUCAGGCACGAACCAUCUACUGUUCGCCCAUAAGGAUCCUCGUAUCCUGGAAUUCGGAUUCCCAACGCCACCGGUCGAUCUACCAACAAUUGACCUCGGCCACGAGGCUGAACAUCAUAUCAGUUUUUCGUGUGAGGCGAGCAACGCAACGCAACCAUUCAGCAUGAUGAGUGCAGCGCGUUUUGCGUUCUGCAUCUUUCUCCUCGCCACGGUCGCUCUCGCAGCUGUCCUUCCCAGUACCUCCGACAGAAACCAGCAAACCCACCUCGCCAGACUCAGCUCACUACAAGCGCCAAACAAACUCGUAUGCAAAGCCACAGCACAACGGAUGCGAUGUUACGGCGGACCUUUCGUCACACCCCAGACCUGCGCGUUAAGCUGUAUCUGUGAAGAAGGCCGGAUAUCAUGCCCCAGCUACAGCCACUGUGACGACAAUUCAAUGGAUACCUUCUGCGGGUCGCUAUGUGGUUGCGGGGUCGGCGCGGACAAGAAUGUCAAGACGAUGACCAACAGAGAGAUACUCAUGAGUGCCCAUCGAUAUGCCGCACCCGCAAACGAGAUCGACGACGAAGAUGAUUUUGAUAGUGAAGAUGAUUCAAGCUCGAAGGCUGGUGCGAGAAGAACAUCUUCUUACCGUGAGCGGCAGCGGCAGACGCUUGAAUGAGGAGCGUUGGUUAUUUGAAAUGAACAAUGCGAUUUGCUUUCCUUUUUCAGUCGGCGUUUCAGGGCCUUUGUGUAUCCAGGGAGCUUGGGGUUCAUUAUCAGCAAUGGCGUUCAUAUGAUGCCCGCUUUCUGGGCGUACACAUAUAUCCAGCAUCAUAAUGACAUGCUCGGCAUUGAGGACUGAGACUACACUAAACAAGACUUUUUCCAUUUGUU